AAGAGCAAGAAUGCCAGACCGGGAAAGGCCCAUCAGUUCAGCCCAGAAGGAAUGAUGUGGCUGCCUAUCUUGCCACUGACCGGCCAUCAGGCCAGAGGACGGCGUCCUGCGUCUCCUCACUUCCAUGUGCGAUUGGACACGCUCGGAUUCAAACGGCCUGCUGCAUCAAGACGAUCGCCAUCAGCUCAGCCGAUUGCCCUUGCACCGAUGUCGAGCGCUACCCAGUUAACUUUGUGCACCGUCAACGACCGAAAUGGUGCAGCGACAUGCAGACAUCGACCCACGUCCCCCUCAACAACUACUUCGCAAGGGACACGCAAUGUCGUCGCGUAAUCAGGUGACGGGCUUGGAAGAUACGGCAGGCUCUUCGUCACGGUGACGAGCUGGCACGGCAUGCACCCACUCAAUGCAAAGCCUUC